GGCAUCAAACAAACAACAGAAAAAACAACUUGAAUCCGGGGUAGAUACCUUGCCAUAACUGAAAUAAAACGGACCAUCAGAUCUCCACAGUUACGUUUCAGAUUCCGUGCUUGACUUCAUCGUCCAUACCUUCGCUCACCCCAUGGCCCCUAACAACAUAUCCGCUACCCCUGCGCACAUUCCCCCCUUCGCAAGUCCGCUAGCUCCUUACAUCAAAACCCGCCAGGAAGCCCUCCGCAUUCGACAGGCCCUAACCUCCUAUCUCCGAUCCCAACUUACGUUCGCCGAUGAUGAUCCGGAUCACCCGAAUUCCCAUGCCCAGUCUCAUCUCUCCUUAUGCGUACCUCAAGAUGCCGUUAUCGAUGUGAAACCUAUCCCGUCCGAGCUGACCGGCCUAAGAAAGGAAUACCUGCAGGCGUUGCAGGCGAAUCUGAAUGCAAAGAAGGAGUAUCGUGCAGUGUCCGAGAGACAUAUAUCCAGAGUAUCCCAGGGGGGAGAUACUGCUGGAGUUGGCACACGCGCUGUUGAUCCGAACACAGAACUAAAGGCCUAUCUCAGACUGCUUCGUGAUCGUCGCCGACACGCGAAAUUACAGAUCACAGAACAUUAUUUUGAAGAACUUAAGACCCGAAAUUCAAUCAAACCCGAGGACUUUGAUAACACGGGGAGUCGAAGCAAACAGUUUGCCCUACCAACGGAUCUGAAAGAAGGUCAAAAUGACUCUUCCUCCGGGGAUGAAAUUGAGAGCUUGUUACACAACCUUGAAAGGGCUGUGGUACGCGCGAGAAGUCAGCUGGAUAGAGAAAAGAGUCUGCUGGAGGAGCUGAGGGCGCAGCAUGAGACUGGGAAUGGGCCUGGCAACGAUGGAGUCCUGCCAGGUGUGAAGGUUGCGGCACUACAACAAACACGAGACGCUUUGGUACAAUGGGUAGAGGAGAAACUGAUGAGUGUUGGUAGCAACGAGGAGGGUCUUAUGCAGGAAAUUCCCCCUGAGGAAAUUGAGAAGUCAGACCAUUUGCUGGAAAUUCAGAAAGCACAGGUUGCAGAACAGUAUGCCGCCUACGUGGAUGCUCGUAAGCGUCUUCUUGAUGCAGCUUCUAGGGCUUGCCAGCCGGUUGGGACCAUCUCUGAGCAACCUGCGAGUCACCCGACAAAGCAAAGCAAAGCCACUCCCGAGGAAACGUCAUCCUUGGAGCCGGUGGAGCUUUUGUCCUUUGUGGAUGACUUCCUCCUCCCACUUUCCAAAUGCCAACGAGCACUAGCUUUGCAGAAGUUCUACUUGGCUGGAAUUCUCGCAAAGGAAAAAUCUACGACCCUUCGCAUGCUGAAUCGUUUGAGUGAUGAGAGCCACCUGCUUCCGGAGUACCCUAUCCUUGCUCGCCAUGCUACAAUCCCAACGGAGCCCACCAAACCAGAUGAAGUCGUUGCGCUAGCUGAAGCAUGGGCAUUUGCGUCCGAAGCGGCAGGGAUGAAUGAGCGAGAAUAUGUAAAACAAACUAUCGAAGAAGGCAUCGAAACCGCACAAGAUGCGGAGAAGGUGUUGCGGGAAGUAUACGAUGUAUUGAACCAGGACCUAGAGGAGGUCCUGCGAGACCAGGGCAAAGAGGGCAGGACAGAUAUAUGGGCACAUGAGGCUCAGUCCUCCAAGUCGCGCAUGCGACCAGGUGGAAAUGGCAAGCGGGCUAAAGGACCGUGGGCUAGGCUUGACGGACGAAUAGGAGUUACGGACUGAUGGACCCAUAUGACAAGAAAAGUUAGUCGCGACCAACCAAGGGGUACUAAGUACAUUUUAUCUAGCUUGUGAAGAGUUCAUGAGUCAAUGGCAAAUCCUUGCAGGUAUCGUAGUUCCGACAAUAGUAAAAUGAAUUAUAUGGUUCCAAGCGAUGGCGUGGGGACUCCGAAUGCCGGUGUUCCCGUGCUUAGCUGCCAUUAGCGCGGUAGCGAGCGCUCUGUAGCGGAGACACCAUCCAAUUGAUACAAUCUGCAAAAAGG